AUUGCUCUUUCUUGAAUGAGGCAAAUUUUAUAUUUUGGUUGAGAAAUGCAUAGAUAAAACUACAUAAAACUGAACUACUAUUUGGUAGAAAAAGUAGUGGUGCGUAGAAUGCACAGUAUCGAUUCAAUUAUUGGCCGGACCACAAAUUCGUACCAGUCACAAAACAGUAACAAACAUGAUAGAAAUUAAGGCGAAGCUGUUGCGUGAUCAGAGCGCUGUUUUCAUGUGCGGCGAGGUGGUUGAAUGUUUGAUCGAUUUUAUACACCCUUCGCUACCCGAGCAUAAAAUUUCGCAGAGUAACAGUGAUAUUUUAGAGAAUCUCGCAUGGGCAACGGUCCAGUUACACUGUUAUUGCAACGUUUCUGUUAAUGAGCGAGCCAACAUUGAUACUGUCGCGAACAGAAACAUUGGAGGCACCACAUCUCUGAACGCUAGUAACCAGCUGAAAGGAGAAGUACUUCACUCGACUGAACCCAAGAUUCUGUUUUGCGACCUUCGACUUUCUCCCGGAGAAGCGAAGCAAUUUCUUUACCGUGAAACCGUCCCGCUGAACACCCCACCAACGUACCGUGGGAUUCGUGUAAAGUAUUACUACAAAAUAACGGUCGCAACCCAACGAUUGGGAUCUACUGUGCAGGCACUAAACAUUCCAAUCCGCGUGCUUCCGCUUCCCCUGCCGCAGAGCGACCUCGAUGAAGCCAUCACGCUGAACGAUGAGUCGAAUGAAGACUUGGCACCGAACAAUCCUUUUCUCGAAAAGAAGAGACCCCCGUCUCGGAUCGAAUACGCGUUACAUUAUCUGCGCGGAGUUACCGCUCGACGGCGGCCAAACUUUUUCAUGAUCAACAACAAAUGGGGAAAGGUGGGUCGCUUUUGUCUGUUCAAAUCGGCGUACAAACUUGGCGAAGAUAUCGUAGCGACGAUUGAUUUUAGCUGCGGCACAGUAAAAUGCGUGCAGCUUUCCGUCACAUUGCAGUGUGAGGAAGCCAAGCUGAAUCGUUCGACUGCCUCGAAUGCGCCAGCUGCCAAAGUAAACGAAGAACUUAGCUCAUCCGAUAGCACGGAUGCUGGUUCAUCCAGCCAAACUAGUGGCUCCGUGGUGUCAGCUGCUGUUGUUGGCGACGCGGAUCAGAAGAGUGUUUCACGGGUGACGAACUACAGCAAGCACCACGAAGUGUGCCUGGGAAUGCUGCAAACGCAGGUGAUUCUCCCUAUUCCGCUGCACGUUACUCCCACCUUCCGCACCGACCUGGUGCAGGUAAGCUGGAGGUUACACUUUCAAUUCGUCACUAGCACGAAUCCGGAACUGAGUAGCGAAAUGCUUCUUGAUCGCUCCAGCGAAAACGAAGCGGAUCUAGAGUGGGUUGCACCGACGGACAUUGCCAUUGAAACGAUGAUUUGGAGUCUUCCGAUUACAAUCUACCCAACGGCACCACUGCAAAUACCGCAGCCCUGUGGAGAGUAUGUACUUCACAUUAAAUGA